GCGCACGUUCAUUUUUCUCAGCUGGCCAACAACAAUAAACAUUCGGUGACAGAGCGGCAGAAGAGCACUCUUCAAAAUCAUCCCUCCCCCCUCUUCGAAUGAUAAUUUAAAAAAGAACAGAAUGUAGAAUCUUCUUUGGAACAUUUACAUUUAGAAGGAUUAAUUAACUUUUUUUAUAAGAAGAAAAUAGGAAAUGUAUUUUGGGUCAUCAGAAGGUCAUGAGAUGGUUGAAGCAAUGCUGUUGCUGUUGUGCUGAUGAACGACUAAGUGACAGUAAUUCUUCGCUGGUGCAACAGUCGGGUGCUAACAACAAGUUCUGCAUUCCGAGGAGACACUCUUCCUAUCACCACAGUGAGAAAAGAGAGGCAGCAGAACGGAGUUCUUCAUCUUCUGACGAUGAGGAAGAACAUAAGAGAGGAAGAAGCUGGUCCACAAUUCCAUCCACAGAUUCUUCUGAUCGAACAGCGAAAAAAUCAAGAAGCAGCUCAUUGUCGUCAACACAUUACAAUAAGGGUGCUCAAUUUGACCGUCAUGUUCUGACUGAGAUAGCCGAAAGUGAGACAGCAGACGAGGAAGAAGAGGGAGAACCUAAACGUGAUGACGUCUAUGGCUACUUGACAUUCUUUACAGCAUACGAUGAACGGGAACUCAGAUUACGCGUGUUUGUGGAGAAAGCAAGCAGUCUUCCAAAGAAGAGUAGUCCACAGGAAGCCUACAACACUUUUGUUAAGAUGUGCAUCAUCUUUUCGAACAAGAACUCUCUGAUGACCAGAACGGUCAAAAACACCCUCAGCCCAAUCUACAAAGAGGAUCACAUCUUUCACACAAACAGGUCAAAGUGGACAUCUACCAACCAGACCUGCUUGAGAUUGAGUGUGUUCGACUGCGAGAGGCAGGGAAGGCACGAUGCCGUGGGACAUGCCCUUUUGCCACUGUCACAACUAUCCGGUAAAAAACAGAGACACGUCCUGCCUCUCACGCCCAUGUCCAUUCCAACAAAGAAUCUCGGUCAGAUUCUGGUGGGUCUUUCUUACGUCCCCACUCAGAGUCUUCUCUCUGUCCAAGUGUUAAAAGCGAGGCAUCUAACUCUCGAUCCUGAUAUUCACAAUAAGAGAAUACACAACAAAGAUACUCUGGACACAUUUGCAAAAGUGACGCUGAAAUGUGCUGGUCAGAAAGUGAAAUCGAAUGCGUCACGUGGAAUGCUUGGAGUAGAUCCAUUUUAUAAUUUCAAGAGUUCUUUUGUACUCCCACCACAAUUCAUGUUAGACGCCAGCCUCGUCGUUUCCGUUGUGGUCAGAGGAAUUCUGGGUCGAGGUUUCACAUUGGGACGCGUGAUCUCUGGACCUUACACGGAGCUCAGUGAUGGCACACUCUCACACUGGGGUAAAAUGGAUAAAAGAAAUAUCGUGCAAUGGAGAAAUUUGUAUUUGUAGUAAAAUUAUUUAUUCACCGUC